CAGUGUCAUUACUAGUCAAGGGCUCAUUCAUCCUAUAUAAAGCCAGCUGGCUUCUGACUUCACAUCAGACCAGAGCAACCAGACACCCCAUUCUCUGUGUACCAGAUCCAGCCUCCUGUGAAGCAUGAGUUCCCACCAGCAGAAGCAGCCCUGCACCGCUCCCCCCCAGGCUCAGCAGCAGCAGGUGAAACAGCCCUGCCAGCUUCCACCCCAGGAACAAUGUGCCCCUAAAACCAAGGAGCCAUGCCACCCCAAGGUUCCAGAGCCCUGCCACACCAAAGCUCCUGAGCCAUGUCACCCCAAGGCUCCAGAGCCCUGCCACCCCAAAGUUCCUGAGCCAUGUCUCCCAACGGUCACUCCAGCACCAGCUCAGCAGAAGACCAAGCAGAAGUAAUGGGGUCCACAGCCAAGCAAGCCCUUGAGGAGCCAACCACUGGAUGCUGAAUCCCCUCUCCCAUUCUGCUUCUGUGUCUUACUUACAAUUAGCAUGCUGUCACCCUGAGUCAUACCCUCCCUCUUUGCACCCUCUACAAGAUUUCCCUCACAUUGCUCUAGAGGGCUCUGAGCCUCUGAAUGAUGCUGAGAGUCUCACUGGCUGAGCUACUCUUUUAACUGCUCAGGGCUCAUCUAAAGAGGGGCCUGGGGAUCAAGCGGAUCUUUCCUGCCUUCUCCCCAUUAAACCACUUUUAACUCCA